AUGAGGCAUUUACGUCCAGUAGACAAACAAUGGUUGUUCACCGCCUCGACUUUGGGCAAUACACCUUCUUUAGAUGAUGGGAUACCAGUCGAAACAGAAUUGAAAAGGAGGAAAACAACAAUAGAGUAUAUGAGAAGUUUGGCUUUGAGAGCUAAUGCAAUUGCUAACGGCGACGAUGCAGAAGCUACUCAUUUAAGAGGUUCUUUGACUGUUGGUUCUACUUUAGUGCAUCGUUUUUACAUGAGAAGAUCUCUGAAAGACUUCAAUGAGAAGAUGAUCGCCCCAACAAUACUAUUCUUAGCGACUAAGAUUGAGGAAGAACCGUUAAAAUUACGACAUAUAGUCAACGCAUGUAUUGGAAAAUUCGAACCUCCAGGAUCAAAAGGAUGGUUCCCUGAUCUGAACGCUCAUGAGCAACCACCAAGAGAAUAUCGAACAUGGGAAAAAUCAAUUUUAGCAAUUGAAGAAAUCGUUUUAGAAGCUUUAUGUUUUGAUAUGGCAGUUGAUCAACCCUGGGUCAUACUGAGAAGAGCUAUUCGAGGAUUAGAUGAGGUUAUAGCCAAGACUUCAUUGGAUCAAAAUACUAUCUCCAGCUCCAGCUCCAGUUCGAAUUCGAAUUCGAACUCAAAUACGACGUCGACGAUGAAUGGAUCAAUCGCUAAGCCGGUCAACGGAGAUGUCAUUGGAGAUAAUCUCGAGGAUGGUGAAAUUGAUGCAAGUCUCAAUGCGAAUGUAGUGCCCAACGGAAAAGGCAAAGAAAAAUUGACUGAAAAUAUAGUAAUUGAAUUAGGUUGGACCAUGUUAUCCGAAUCAACGUUAUCACCGUUAUCAAUCUUGUAUCCAGCACAAAUAAUAUCAUUCAUAUCAUUUAUAAUGGUGAUUUCAUUGACCGAUCAAAUACCCCUAUCAGAAGGUUUAGUAGCUGCUUCGGAAUUGGGCGAUAAGUUUGGCUUGGACAUAAGCUUCAGUGAGGAUGGUGAUGGUGUCAAAGGCAAUGAUCUGGAUAUCGUCAAACAUUGUUUGGCCGAUUUUGUCAGAUUCAUGAAUGAAGGGUUGAUAGAUGAAGGUCUAUCUAGGUAUAUAGUCGCUGAACCUGAAGAAAGGAAAGAUCGGUUCAGAAGACGAUUUACAGCUCUGCUUGGUGAUAAAGAUAAAGUCACCAAAUCCGAGACCAAUGGGUCGGUGGAAACUGAACUCCAAUCAGAUCAGGCACAGGUAAAAGAGGAAGACCUGAUAAAGAUGGGCAAGAGAGAUGUAGAAAUGACCGAAUCAGCUCCUACUCCUCCUUCAUAA